CUCUCCACUUACCGGAAGUAAGCAAACUACCUCUGCCAAGAUGUCUGCCUCCGAAGAAGACACGUUUGCUGUGGAAGGAAGCGAGGAGGAGGAAGAUAUGGACGAAACUGGCAGCGCCGAUGAAGGGGACGAAAUGGAGGGCGAAGGAGAAGGGGAAAAGAAAGUGUAUGUCCCCGGGAUCGAACCCCUUCAGCCCGGAGAGGAGCUGGAGAUGGAUCGGUCAGCGUACCACAUGUACCACGAGUGUCAAACAGGUGCUCCAUGUUUGAGCUUUGACAUCCUGAGAGAUGGAGAUGGCGAAGGCAGGGAGCAGUUCCCUCUGUCUAUGCUGCUCUGCGCUGGCACACAGGCGGAUACAGCUCUGAGCAACAGACUUCUUGUUAUGCGCAUGCACAACCUUCAUGGAACGGAGAAAGAAAAAGAUGAGGAAGAAAGCAGUGAUGAAGAUGAGGAGGAUGAAGAUAAGAAGCCACAGAUGGAACUGGCUAUGACGCCUCACUAUGGAGGGAUUAACAGAGUCAGAGUGACCCAGAGAGGAGAGCAGUCAUUGGCUGCCGUAUGGUCAGAGAAGGGACAGGUAGAAAUAUUUGAUCUCCGACCUCAGCUGGAGGCCGUCCACAGUUCUGCUGCUAUGGCAGCUUUCAUCAAACAGCAGAAGGAAGCCACAGCUCUCUUCAGCUUCUCAGGGCAUAUGACUGAAGGCUUUGCAGUUGAUUGGUCAUCUACAGUACCUGGUCGUCUCGUCAGUGGAGACUGCAAAAAGAACAUCCAUGUGUGGGAGCCACGGGAGGGAGGGACUGCAUGGCAGAUUGACCAGCGACCUUUCAGCUCCCAUAGCAAGUCUGUGGAGGACCUGCAGUGGUCGCCUACUGAAGCUACAGUUUUUGCAUCUUGUUCAGUGGAUCAGUCUGUUCGCAUCUGGGACAUCCGUGCACCACCCAAUUCAAUGCUGUCAGCCAAUGAAGCCCACUCAUCAGAUGUCAACGUGAUCAGCUGGAACAGGACUGAACCAUUCUUGCUGUCAGGAGGGGAUGAUGGGAUUCUGAAAGUAUGGGACCUGCGACAGUUUAAGACUGGGCGGCCUGUGGCCAGUUUCAAGCAGCACAGCGCUCCCAUCACGUCCGUGGAAUGGAACCCCAUUGACUCGAGUGUGUUCGCCGCGUCGGGAGCAGAUGACAUCGUCAGCCAGUGGGAUCUGUCGGUGGAGUCAAGUGACGUGGGUGCCAGGAUGGAGGGGGUGAAGGACCUACCCCCUCAACUACUAUUCCUGCACCAGGGUCAGACAGACAUUAAGGAGGUCCACUGGCAUCCUCAGAUGCCUGGUGUAGUGAUAUCCACAGCUCUGUCAGGAUUCAAUGUGUUCAGGACAAUAUCUGUGUAGUGUGUGCAUGUGGGUGGUGGUGUGUUUGAGAAUGAGUGGCCCACAUAUGUGUAUUGAGCAGUAAAUUAAUAUGCUUCAUUGUUAAGAAGCUUGUAAUAUUGUACAUAACAUAGCUGUGGGGGUAAUAAUUCUUUUUUUUGGCAUAUACUGGCCAACAUAAGCAUCAUAUAUAGUCUUUGCUAUUGUAGCUUGUGUGUUCUACAGAUGUAUUAGGUAGGCAUUCCCUAUUGCAUGUUUAUAAGUAAAGUGUUUUAAAACCAUA